AAAUAGGAAAAAUAUGCCGUUCGCGACCCGCUUGCUGUUCUUACUCACCGCCUGCAUACUAAAUGUAGCCUUACAACACCUAACGGUCAACGCUGACACAAAAGUGCUAAACACACUCAGCUUAAAUCAGCCGGGCCAAAGUAGCCGUCAUGAGGUCAUCACACUCGAGAACGCCGGCACCGCUGAUGAGCAGCUGGUGGUUAGAGGCAAUUAUACCGUUGAACUCGGCCCACCGAACAAGGACGGUCUCAUAUUUUUAGCUAUCACAGAGUAUACUGCCGAUAAAAAUGGAUAUCAUGUGCAUUAUCAUAUCGAGGCGAGACCGUUGUUGGAAACCCGGUUAAGUGGGAGUCUGUUAAUGACUGCAGCGGGCUAAGAGAGCCAAGUGUUGUCGAAAGUGAAAUUAUAAAUUCAAAUAAUAUUAAUUAUUGAGUAUUAUUUUCUAUAUACUAUAUGCUUAAUUGUGGUGAUGUAUUAUGUUGUUGUAUAUACUCAUAUUUCCUAGGUUGUGAAGUCGCUUAAAACAAGUUGAAAGCUUAACUUAAGUCUAAAGAACUUAAAUACAUUUUAAAUAUAUGUACAAAAAAUUAGUUUUACAACUUUCAGUAGAGUUUAACCCGUGUCCAUGAUGCAGGAUCAU